AUGGAAUUGAAGGAACAAGAGAAGAAAAGGGGAUCCUCAGGAGGCAGAAGAAGACACAGCAGAAGCAAGAAGGGUGGAGAUGUAACAACAGGCGAACAGACAAAACCACAGGCUGUGGAAAAACCAAGAAGCACUCCAAAGGCUUCCAAGAUUAGCAGACGACCAAAACCAGAGAGCACUUCGAAAAAUGCCGAAAAGAAUCUUAAAUGGAUCACUCAAGACAGUGAGUCAGAAAUGGUAGUGCUCAGCAUCCUUGAUGAACUAUUUGAUCGAGUUUCUAGAUAUUCUUCUGCAACUAAGUACAGCGAUGCCAAACACACAAGCACAAUGACCCCCGCCCUGCUGUGAGCUUUUGACGA